AUGUGGCGGUUGCUACCAGGUAAGGUGCAAGGCGCCAAAUGUGUGCAGCGACGACGGCGUGAACAUAGUGGUGACGGACUACGGCGAGGGAGACCACACGGACUUCAUCCUCAGCCCACGCGCCUACGGGAGGAUGGCGCGUCCCAAUUGCGCGCCGGAGCUGUACAAGUACGGCGUGGUGGAGGUGGAGUACAAGAGGAUCCCUUGCCGCUACGCCGGCUACAACAUCGUCUUCAAAGUCAAGGAGCACAGCAAGUACCCCGAUUACCUGGCCGUCGUCCUCCUCUACCAAGCCGGCCAGUACGACGUCACAGCGGUCGACAUUUGGCAGGAGGAUUGCAAGCAAUGGAGAGGGAUGAGGAGGGCGUACGGUGCCGUUUUCGACGUGGUUACCCCACCAAAGGGCCAACUCAGAGUGAGGUUCCAGCUGGUGAGCAGCGUGGAAACGACCUGGGUGGAGUCCAAGACUGCCAUUCCAGGGGAGUGGAAGGUUGGAGCUACUUAUCCUAA